AUGCAUGCCAGCCAUGCAAUUUUCUUUACUUCUUUGCUCUCUUUGCUGGUGACGCUGGCUGUCACCCAAAGCAACGGUGCUUUUUGUAAUAGACUGUAUCAUUCCUCAAUUGUGGUCAACGACAAACUAUAUGUCGAUGGAGGAGAAUUGCGAACGGUAACGAAUGGCAAUGUUUCAAUUUCAAUCCCAACCACCAUAGACACGAUCGAUCUGUCGAAGUCCUUCAGCAACGCAGACACUUCCAUAUGGGAACAGAUAUCCAAGAAUGGCACCACUUUUGCCUCCAGCGCUCCCACUCUCAACGACGGAAGUAUGUUCUCAGAUAAUAUUAGCCUGUAUCUCUUUGGCGGCGCAAUCAGCAUGGCACCGGGAGCACCUGGAAUACCUCCACCAAACGCCAUAUAUCAAUACAAUGUAGGCAAAAGGCAAUGGACCCAAAUGAAUCCGGGGGGCGAUCCUAUUCAGCGUGUACUUAUCGGAAUGUCUGCGCAGAGCUCAACAACCUCAGUAGGUUACUAUCUAGGUGGUGCCAUUACUCCUUUGAGUAAUCCAAGCUUCUAUGCCGAAACCAAUUCUACGCCAUACAUGAUCGAAGGCCUCGUAACCUUCAACGAGGGAUCUGCUACUUUCAUGAAUUCUUCGACAUCCCAAAUGAACCGAGAUGGCACUAUAGCUGAAGGUUACCUAACACUCAUCGAGUCUCUCGGCUCGCAGGGCGUCCUGGUUACGUUUGGAGGGUUCACAGACAUCGCUGGAGCACCGUCCGGUUUGGAGGAUUCCGAUUUAUCUGACCCCUCGUUUCAAUGGCCGCUUGCGAACGUGUCUAUCUAUGAUAUCGGAAACGGAACCUGGUUUCAGCAAGUGGCGACAGGAGAUGUACCACCCUGGCGAUACAUGGGCUGUUCAGUACUUGUCAGCGCGCCAGAUCAAAGCAGCCAUUCCAUCUACGUCUUCGGUGGCUGGGGCAAUUCUUUCGGAGGUUCAGACGGUAAUGUUUACGUGCUAUCCAUACCUUCCUUCCAGUGGAUCCGCGUGAACGGAGAUAGUAAUCGUCGCUCACGCCACAGCUGCAACCUAUUGGGUAACCACACGAUGCUGGUGACGGGUGGUAUCCAACCCAUCGGUGAGCAAGUCCUGCCAUCGGAUGCCACAGGCUGCGACACAUCCCCAAUGUUUGCCCAAGGUCUGGGGAUCUUUUCGCUGAACCACCAUACGUGGGCCACCAGUUACGAUCCUUCUGAAGGCGCGGCACCUUAUGAGGUUCAUCCAAGCAUAUCGAAUGUCAUAGGAGGCAAUGAGAAUGGUAAUGCUGCGAUUCAGACCCCAGUGGGUGGUUUCUCACAGCUGGCUUUGGAAACUCUUCUUGGCGCGCAUCAAAGCCCCGUUGGUGCAGUCGGCAAUAUCCCCAAUAUAACUUCAACGUCUUCUGCCGGCACCAAGCGUCUUACUGGAGGUGUCAUUGCGGGCAUAGUGGUUGCAGCGAUCGCUGGACUGGCCAUUAUCCCGACUCUACUGCUCGUUUUGCUACGUCGUCGGUACCUUCGUCUAAACCCUGCACGACCUAGUAUCUCUAAACCGGUCCUACACGAACGCAAGGCGUCGGAGGUCGAUUCGUUGCCUUGGCCAUCAGAGAUGAUAGACGAUAGAUUUGCACUUCAUGAACUGUGGAGCCCUAUGGACAAGCCUUUGCCGCCUGGACCAUUUGAUGAGAAGAUUGUCUCGCUGCACGAGAUGGAAGGGGGAGAUCUGGGGAUACAUCCUGCCGAGCGAGAUCUGGAGCGAGAACGAGCUGAGGUGGAUAAAAAAGCGAGGAUUGUAGCGAAUCGUUAUGUAAGAUGUGUGGAAUAA